AUGAAAAGAACAAGUUUGAAAUGCGCGGUUGUCGCCAAGUGCACGCGACGCUGGCGCCACGCGCAAGUUCCCUUUACGGACGAAGACUCUCCCAACAGGUUACACGCCCAUCUACAAAGUGAGGUUAGGCGUAACCCUUCAUGUCACUACAGUUCUAAGAAGAGAUAGAGAAAAAGAAAAGUAAGUGCAACAAAAGUUUCAUUUAAAAUGAAUUACGUGAGCAUACACGAUUCGAACAAGUUAGAUAACACGAAUUACGAAUCAUGGAAAAUAGAAAUGCGAAGUUUAUUGCGAAUUAACGAUCUGUGGGACUACGUGAAUGGCCUGGUGCCAAGAACUGAAGAGAAUCACGUCGCGUGGAGGGAAAAGGAUGAGAAAGCGCUCGAUUUAAUAAUAUUAAAUAUCAAGAAGAAUCAAUAUAUCCACAUUAAGAAUGCUGAGACAUCGCAACAGGCAUGGAAGUCGUUAAAGAAUUUAUAUGAAUCACAGGCACCGAUGAGGCAAUACAGUCUUCUAGCACAAUUAUUCAGAAAGAGAAAAUGUACAGAUCAAAAUAUGGCUGAAUAUUUAGAGGACUACGCGAAUAAGAUAGAAAAAAUGGAAAAAGCCGGCAUGGUGUUACCUCCAAACGUAUAUAUUCUAAUGCUAAUGUUGUCGCUGCCUGCAGACUACGAGUCUUUUAGUAUAGCAAUUCAGUCCAGAGACAAAUUACCAACCUUCGACGAGCUUAGGGCAAAAUUGCUGGAAGAAGACGCGAGAAGACUGAACCAGCAUCAGAAAUCGGCGGAUGUGGCCCAGGCAGAACAAAACUUGGCUAAAGAACAGACGCUGAUAUCUAAUACAGGGAGUCAACAAAACAAAAGGCCUAUUGACCAACACAAACAUACGACUGAUAAAUGCCACACGUGUGGACGAGCAUUGAAAACAAAAAAGGAUUCAAAACGGGAAAAGAUUCCUAGAACAGAAUAA